UGGUUCCAAUCAAGAAGCUUUUCAAAUGAUGCUAAAGCUUAUCACGAUCGAUCUUUUCUAUAUUUUCCUUUCUAUUUCUAUAGCACAAACAAACUGGGUUAGGGUUGGUUAUUACUGGUGUUCAACAAUCGAGAUCCCCCUUUCGGAGAUAAAUUCUUCUCUCUUCACCCACAUUAUUUGUGCUUAUACUACUGUGAAUUCCACCUCCUACCAGCUUUCUUUAUCGCCAGAUGAAGAAGAACACCUGUCUACCUUCACACAUACUGUGAAACAAAACAACCCAUCUGUCACUACACUGCUAUCCAUUGGGGGUAAAAAUGCAAAUUACUCAACAUUUUCUUCCAUGGUUAGCAAUUCUUCUUACAGAAAAUCCUUCAUCGAUUCCUCGAUAAGAAUAGCCCGACGUUACGGCUUUCAAGGCCUUGACUUUGCUUGGCAAUAUCCAAACACAUCUUCUGAUAUGUUCAAUGUGGGUGUUCUAUUUCAAGAGUUAAAAGCUGCUGCUGAUUUGGAGGCGAAAAACUCCAACCAGUCACAACUAAUCUUGACGGCUCGAGUUAACUAUUUGCCAUCGGUAUCCUCAGAAAGUUACCCUGUCGCGAAGAUACAACGGUAUUUGGAUUGGGUCCAUGUUUUGUCCAGUGAGUUCACCAGUCCUCUCUGGAGCAACUUUACUGGUGCUCAUUCAGCUCUGUAUGAUCCAGUUACUUCUGUUAAUACAGAUCAUGGUACAACAGAAUGGAUCAACCAAGGACUAUCAGCUAAUAAAAUUGUUUUGUCUUUGUCUUUCUAUGGCUAUGCAUGGACGCUGAAGAGCCCGAUGGACAAUGGUAUUGGUGCAGCAGCAACGGGACCCGCCAUUUCUGAACCUGAUGGAUUUGUAACCUAUAGGGAAAUCAAGAAUUACAUUGAGCAAUAUGGUCGAGAUGCUCCUGUAAUGUACAAUUCAACUUAUGUGGUGAAUUACUGGUCAGAGGGAACAACUUGGAUUGGUUUUGACGAUGUUGAGGCCAUUAGAGCUAAGAUUUCUUAUGCCAAGGAGAAAAAGCUACUUGGCUACUAUGUGUGGCAAGUCUCCUAUGAUGUUAACUGGGUGCUCUCUGAAACUGCAGCUGAAGUGGAGAUAAAAAGUUCCUCGGUUCAGGUGGAUGAUGAAAGUAGAAAAAACAAAAAGAGGCCUUCGUUAGUAAUUCCUUUGUCUACAACAGCUGCUGUUGCUCUUCUAAUAGGAAUAUUUUUUAUAUUUUACUACUGGAGGAAAAAUCUAAAAUUAAAAGCAUCAUCUGCUGGAGAUUUUAAUUCCAACAUUCCUAGUCUGACAGAAUAUACAUUGGCCGAGAUAGAGGCAGCAACCAAUGGAUUUUCAAUUGAAAAUAAGCUUGGACAAGGAGGAUAUGGCCCUGUUUACAAGGGAAUAUUGUCAAAUGGACUGGUAAUUGCUGCGAAGAAACUUUCAAAAACAUCCACCCAAGGAUAUGAGGAAUUUAAGAAUGAGGUUAUGCUGACUGCCAAGCUCCAACAUGUAAAUCUUGUUCGAGUUUUGGGUUUUUGCAUUGACAAGGAAGAACAAAUAAUCAUCUACGAAUACAUGCAAAACAAAAGCUUAGACUUCUACCUUUUUGACCCCAUUAGACGUCUUAUUUUGGAUUGGAGUAAGCGGGUACAUAUUAUUGAAGGAAUUACUCAAGGACUUUUAUAUCUCCAAGAAUAUUCAAGGUUAAUCAUUAUUCAUCGAGAUUUAAAAGUUAGCAAUGUGUUAUUAGAUGAAGAAAUGAAACCUAAAAUAUCAGAUUUUGGAAUGGCUAGAAUAUUCGCCAAAGACGAUCUUGAAGCAAACACAAGUCGUAUUGUCAGAACACUUGGUUAUGUUCCUCCUGAAUAUGUUCUAAGAGGCAUAUACUCUACCAAAUCCGAUGUUUAUAGUUUUGGGGUUCUACUUCUACAGAUCAUAAGUGGCAAAAGGAUUUCACUUUUAUAUGGUCCUGAUGAAAAUUUAAGUCUUCUAGACUACGCUUAUGAGCUGUGGAAUCAUGGUAAAGCCACGGAAUUCAUGGAUGAAUCACUAGACGAUACAUCUUUGUCAUGCAAAUUAACGAGAUGCUUGCAUAUAGCUUUGUUAUGUGUCCAAGAAAAUCCAACGGAUAGGCCAUCCAUGCUGGAAGUUUUCUCUAUGCUCAAAACUGAAAAUUCAAUUAUGAUGAUCCCAAAGAAGCCCGCUUUCUCAAAACAAAAUAAAUCUACAAUAGUACAUUGGGAAGGUUAUUCAGGGAGUGCUUCAACAAUUAAUAAUGUAACAAUUUCAGAUAUUUCAGUUAGAUGAAUUACAAAUAUCAUUGUGUUUUCAAUUGGUAA